AUGCCUUUUUCAUCCACAUCGUGUUCUUUGUGUUCACUCAAACUCAUUCGAAACUGUAUUCCAUCAUUACAUCUAUUUUCAAAUUCUUCUCAACAACCGACAACAAUACGAUAUAACAUAUGGCUAGUAGAUCUUAUCGAAACUAUAUGUAUCGAAACAUUUGGUCUUACAGCACAUACAGAACCUGAAUCAAAAUGGGUGAUUAUAAAUAAUGAUAAAUUACAAUAA